AGCCGCCGGGGGGCGCGGUAACACGGCUCCCGGACGGCGGUCAUGAACUGGCGCUACUGGUGUCAUCCCAGCCGCCGGGGGGCGCGGUAACACGGCUCCCGAACCGGUUUUGGGGAAACUGGGAAUUGAGGAAGGAGAAAAUGAAAUAAAGGAGCGGAAACAGGAAGGAGAGAAAUAUUAAAAGUUAGCGAGCAUAGAUCUUGCUGGGUGGGCCGGCCGGCGCUGAGACUGCGGCAACGCUGUGGAGGCCACGGCUCAGGCUUGAAGUGAGAGCGGGGCAGGCUCCGGGCUGGUCGUUUCCUAGGUGACGGGGGCCGGAGCGCGGUGGGAACAUGUCGCUGUUCGGGAAGAGGAAGACGGCGGAAGAUGUAAUAAAGGAACAGAAUCGAGAGCUGAGGGGUACUCAAAGAUCGAUAGCCAGAGAUAGAGCAGGUUUAGAGAAGCAAGAAAAACAGCUGGAAAUGGAAAUCAAGAAAAUGGCCAAGUCUGGCAAUAAAGAUGCCUGUAAGAUUCUUGCAAAACAACUUGUGCAACUGCGUAAGCAAAAGACCCGAACAUAUGCUGUGAGUUCAAAGGUUACUUCCAUGUCCACUCAGGCAAAACUAAUGAACUCACAGAUGAAGAUGGCUGGUGCCAUGGCUACCACAACAAAGACAAUGCAAACUGUGAACAAGAAAAUGGAUCCACAGAAAACCUUACAAGCUAUGCAAAAUUUCCAGAAGGAAAACAUGAAAAUGGAAAUGACAGAAGAAAUGAUGAAUGAUACAUUAGAUGACAUUUUUGAUGAGUCAGGAGAUGAAGAAGAAAGCCAAGACAUUGUGAACCAGGUGCUGGAUGAAAUAGGAAUUGAGAUUUCUGGAAAGAUGGCUAAUGCUCCAUCAACAGCCAAAGGUCUACCUACAGCAUCAACAUCUAAAUCUGGUAUUUCAGAUGAAGAAAUUGAACGACAGCUGAAAGCUUUGGGAGUGGACUAAUUGAUCUACCUGUUAAUAGGAGAGGAGGAAUUUUUUUCUGUUCAAUGGGGAUUGCCUUUUACCUUAACUAAUUGGGAUUUACUUCAAAGUGGACAUUGGAUAAUUACUGGGAGCAUUGUGGAUAUCCUUGCAUAACUUUAACAAAGUGCUAAUUUCUAAGCCUAUAAUCUAAAAACAGACUCUGCCUACCUUAAUAACAUAUUGCUGCUUAAAAAAAAACUCAAGGAUUUCUAGAGUGGAAAUAAAGUGUGUGUGAUUAGUAAUGCUUAGACAGCAUGACUGAAAUGUAUAUCAGAACAUUGUCCUUAAAGUGUUUGGCUUCAUUUCACAUCUAACAAGCCAUUUGUUGUAGUUUCCCAAUAAGAUUGAAAGGAAAGAAAUGAUUGUCAACAAAUGCAAUAAUGGUUUAACAAAUAUUCUAGUGUAAUCUAAAUUUAUAUCUCGGUGAGCAAUGAUGCAGGCAACAGUUGAGUAUUUAGAGUGAUUUCGUAUAAACUGAAACAAUUGAACAUUAUUAUGAGCAUCUGGUCUUAUUGAGGUCUAACUUACUAAGGUUGAUGUUGGGAUGUUGUACGGAAGUUGCAUUUUCACAACAUGGAUCAACACUAUUACUUGGGUUGAGUUUUGAUUUCUUUCUUAUUCAUCCAGAAUUCUGGUGGUACAAGACCACUAAAAGCAGAAGAAGAGUUAGCUAUAAUGAACCCACAUUUAAAAAGUGUUCAGAGGUCCAUAUAAGCUUCUCUGUAAACAUAGGAUCAUUUGUUUUGAUCAGAGAUACACUGAACAUUAACUAUGUAUGUUCAAAAGCACAGCACAGCUGGCAAAUUACUUCAGCUUGACCAGUUGAGCAUCACACUCUAUAGGUAGUAGACUGAGUGUGGUGUCUAUAACAUAACAAUAGCCCAAAUAAUCCUGGACAUGAAAUUUAAAUAAUUUCUUUGCAGUAGCCAUGAUAUAAUGGAUCUGUAAUUACAAUCUGCACGCAUAGGUAAUGUGUACAGAAAAAACUCCUGACAAAUUUAAGAAAUAGCAGUUUGGAUUGGUCAUAAACCUGUAGAAAUGAUGAUGCUGAAAAUCAUUUUACAUCAAUGACUUUGCAAUGUUUAAAAUGGUUAUUAAAUCUGUUUACAGGCCUUGUUAAGUAAAUUACUCAACCAUUCACAUUGCUAUUUGAUGUGUGCUUACUGAUGCACUAUUUUGAGUAUGCAUUGAACAUUUUCAAUACUUUUGAAACCAAAAGGUGAUUGCAGGAGCAAUGUAUUUUCUAUUUUGAGGACCUAGUUAUGUUCCUCCAUCACAGACUACUUUUACUAGCAACUACUUAUGAAGUGAACCUUAUUGAGGAACACUUCUCUGAUUCCUAGAUCAAGCAGUUGAAAGAAAAUGCAUCUUUUUGAUGUUAUGGAUUUUGUAGCUGCUAAGUGAAUCUUGAUAGGUAUGUAGUUUCUUUUUGAUUGCAAACCGAAAUCUGCUGUUUGGUCUGGAUUAAUGAAAAAAACCAAGAUUGUUUGCUAUGAAGAAUUCCACAACAUUUUAUCCAACUGGAGAAAGAUAAUUUGUGAACAGAAAAGAAGAAGAAAAAAGUAAAAAAUUAAAACCAAAUAAUUAACCUGCUUUGAUGUAGUUGAAUGCAAACGUCUGGACAAAUGUCCAAGGUAUGUAGGUAGAAUACUCACAACUGAAAUGUUUUUAAUUAUUAAUUAAAUAAUUUCGCAUGGA